UUUUUUUUAUUUUAUUUUAUUUUUUUAUUUUAUUUUUAUUUUAUUUUAUUUUUCCAUUCAUUUUCCGCCAGAACUCACGCACCAAUCACGCCCAUCACCCCAUCCUCACAGUCGGAAGAAGCAUCUCUUGAAGAUCCGAUCCCGUACUCUGGUUUAUUUCGCAUCCGUCCCAUGCCACUUGCCUCCUCUGCAACGCAUUCCAACAGCCACAUUCAUGAGCCGUUGCAAGGAUCCUCUCUCAAAGGUGUCACAGUAUCGCCACGGCCACCAGUAAUGGCUAGCACAACUGACGAGCUUGCGAAAUUCUCGAACGAAUCCUUGCAUUCUUACUCGUUCACGACCGGCACCCAUGACAAGUCCUUUGUCGAGGGACGGCGGAGCAUAUUCUACCGAUCCAUUGACUUUAUGAAGCAAAAGAUCAAAGGCUGGCAAGUCCCCAUAUCUAAUGUCUUUCCUGUCUCCGCACCAACGACGCCCACAGACACAUUCUCCAUCGGAGCCUACCCUUCGCACGAAGUAGGGUCUUCAGCCUCGGAAGCAGACCAUGACUUGAGAGGUCAAAAGCCGAAGUUCAAAAGGACAAUGACCGAUGUUCCUUCAGCAACAUCAUCAGACUUCCAACAGACAAAGGAGCGGCCGUCACGACCACUCUCUGUCGCUACCGUUUCCAUAACAAGCAACUACAGUACCCUGCAUUCACCCACACGAUUUGUCCCUCAGAAUCAGGCUAUGAUCACUACAGACAAUAACUGGAACAUUGUUAUGGCUAAUGAUGUUUCUUCGCUUGUUUUCGGCUAUCAUGGAAGUGAACUUACCACCAUGACCAUCCAUGAUCUGGUCGCCAGUCCAUACAAAGAGAAGCUGGAGGCAAUUCUUUACCACCAAUCACAGAACAAUAUGCAUGAUAGCAAGGAUGAACAUGUGCUUCUUUGUGGCAAGGUGAUUCGCAUCCAAAAGCGCAGCUCACACUCGGCAGCUGCAUCAGUUUGGCUCAAGCGAAGGAAGGAUACCUCAGGGGAACCAGUUUAUAUCUGGGUUUUUGAGGAAAUCUCAGAAUCAGUUGUUUCUGCAGUCAUUUCCAGCUCCGGCGAAAUCCUGAAUAUUGAAGGUGCUGUUCUUGACCUGUAUGGGUAUGAUUACAUGGAGCUGCUUGGUAGAUCGAUUACUUCCUUGAUCCCUGCGCUGGAGAAGCUACAGUCAGUUGAUCCAGAAACAUCCUUUGCGACACUGGAUGUUCACCAAAUCAAUGUCAUCAAGUUUUUUGCUUCAAGAACUAAGCAUGGAAGUACCUUCCCUAUCAUCUGCAAAAUUUUGAGUCCAUCCGAGCAUCUUGACUCUGAAACGAACCCGUUUAAUCUAGGUCAGGACUCAAUGGAAAGCUAUCUUCUUCGCAUCAUCUCAAUGCCGGCAAUUGCCGGCGUAAUCACAACACAUGAGUCAGGGUUGAUCCAGAGCGCCAACACCGUUUUUACCAAGUUUCUCUUCGGAUACCCUGCUACAGAGCUCAAUGAGAAGCGGUCGAUCAAUGACUUGAUACCACAGUUCCAGCCUAUCUUGGAAAAGCUUCUUGAGGAAAAUGAUGGGCAUCAGGAAGGCGACUAUUUACAUCUCUGCGAAGGUGCUGUUGUCACAGCAACCAUUGUUCGCAGGACUGCUGCCGAGGUUAGUAAGCCAUCAAUUUUGUCGCCUGACUUCUUCACUCAACCCAAGGCGAGCGAGACCUCUUCCGGUACCACUAAUAAACAGUCACAGGCGUUCAAGAGAAAUUUUGGGAUGUCUGCAUUGCUGAAAAAGAGUAACAAUAACUUUAUAUCCAACUCAGGGAUUGUAGCCUUACAUCGAGAUGGGACGCCUUUGGAUGUUGAUAUUCAGAUUCGUAUGAUCGAAUCCCCUCAGGGGCGCAUGUUUGCGGUGUGGAUAACAUACGACCGAGAUAUCAGCUUCACCCGGGAGCCUAAUCGCAAGCCCCCCGCCAAUCCAACCCUCACACCUAUGAAAUCUAUUGCCUCUGCAAUGGAGGAUGUACGCUCAACAGAAGCAGUAUUGGAAAAUAGCGGAGAGCAGGUCGUUCCCGACACAUAUGUCGUUAUUGAUGACACUGUCUCCCUAAAUGGCCAUACGUCACCUAAAACUCUCAAGCCUGGCCAUCUACUCAACGUCAAAACCACAUCGUUAACACGGCAAUCCUCCGAUUCAAUAUCAUCCCCUUCAUCAUGCGUAUCUCCAAGCUCAGCACCAUCAACUCCUUCCUCCCGUCUCUCAAUUGACAUCAUGAAGUCGCAAUAUUCGGCUGUUACACAUGCCCGCACGAUUGCGGACUAUGACAUUCUCGACUCUCUGGGUCAAGGCGCAUAUGGUCAAGUCAAACUUUGCCGUCUCAAGAACGGAUCGAUCAAGGUGGUGAUGAAGUAUAUUGUGAAGAGCCGCAUUCUUGUUGAUUGCUGGACAAAUGAUCGAAUAUUAGGAAUGAUUCCAAUGGAGGUUUCCAUUAUGCAUACACUCCGUAAGAUUCCACAUCCUAACAUAGUUCAUAUGUUGGAUUUUUUCGAGGAUGAAGAGUAUUAUUACGUGGAGAUGGCACUGCAUGGGACUGGCAUGGACCUGUUUGAUUAUAUUGAGUUGACGCCAUAUAUGACUGAAGAUGAGAUCCGUGCCAUCUUUUUACAGAUUUGUGGAGCUGUUCAUCAUUUGCACUCGAAUAAAAUUGUGCAUCGAGAUAUCAAGGAUGAGAACGUGAUUCUGGAUCAGAAGGGCAUGAUUCAACUGAUUGAUUUUGGAUCGUCAGCGUACCUGAAGGAAGGCAAGAAAUUUGACACUUUCUGUGGGACUCUAGACUAUGCGGCACCAGAAGUACUCACAGGCAAGAAGUAUGAGGGCCGUAAGCAGGAUAUAUGGGCACUUGGGAUCUUGCUGUACACGCUUAUCUACAAAGAAAACCCAUUCUAUAACAUUGAUGAGAUUCUUAGCCGAGAUUUACGAGUUCCUUUCGUGCUUUCCGAAGAAUCGAUUGGUCUCAUUCGCUGGAUGCUGACUAGAGACAUUGACAAGCGACCUUUUAUUGAAGAUGUCCUUGCUCACCCAUGGAUGACCACAGCCUCCAAACCUCAGGAACCAACCGCGCAGAAUGCAUAAUUGAGUAGGCUCUGCUUGCCUUGUCAUAAAAAAGUAUCAAUCAGGAACAAUUUCAUUCCAACAGCACCCAACUUAUUAGUUCGUGUCAACACUAGUUUAGAAAAAAGAAAACACUGCUUUCAGUGUACCUCUUCUCUUCAUAUUUCUCUUUUCUCCCUUUUUGAUUUAUUGUUUGUUACUAUUAUUAUUAUUUUAGAGAUGUCUAUUUUUUUUAUUUUUUUAUUUUCUCUCUGUAGUUCUAAUCAAUCUCAAUCAUUGCGAGAGUGUACA